AUGGAUCUGGAUGUUACUCCUGUGUGGCUUCUUCUACCUGGAUCCGAAAGGACUUACAAUCAGGAGCUCGAAUUAUAUCUCGAGCAGCAAGACCCCAUAGAGGCGACUGCUGUGGAGUUUCGGAGUAGAUUUGACACUCCAUCUCCGAACCUUUUUCAAAGUGUAAAACUAGAGAAGCUACUCGACCCGGUACCGAUGAAACAGCUGAAUUAUUGGUUUCACGAUUGCAAUACUGGACAUACAAAGUGCUCUGGUCUUCAGAAAGAUGCAGAAUUACCUACGAGGGUCCUGGACCUAUGCUCCAUGCCCAGCGCAGAUGUCAUGAUUGAGCAUGUACAUGAGUGGGAGGAUCUGUUCCUUCCGAGCGAAUGUAAAUUAGUUGAAACCAUCACAGGACAGCUAGGAAAGUAUGCCACGCUCAGCUACUGUUGGGGUAGCGGUCUGCCGUUCAUGACUACCAAGGAGACAUUGUCAUCGAGAAAGAGUGGCAUCAACUUUCGGGAUCUUCCAAAAACUCUUCAGGAUGCCACCAUGAUAGCGCGGUAUCUUGGUCUUCGGUAUAUAUGGAUUGACUGUCUUGCCAUUGUACAAGAUGAUGCGGCAGACUGGGAGAAAGAGUCAGCUGUAAUGGCUGAUAUCUAUUCAAAGUCAUACAUAAACAUUGCCGCAUCGAAUGCUUCGCACUGUGGAGCGGGUUUCCUAGGACCACGGAAGAUGCCAUUGACCAAACGUAUCGAAAUUCGCGACGAUGAGGGUGAUCUGGAGCUAUACCUCGUUGCUCAACAAACGCGAAACAAUACAGGGAGAGAUCCACUGUACCAACGAGCCUGGGUUCUACAAGAGCAACUACUGCCAAAGCGUUCUAUACAUUUCGGAAGCGACAACAUGCUCUGGCGGUGCCCUAACGGCAUUGAACACGAAGAGCAAAACAAAAAAUGGACACACCUGUACACUCUCAGUGCCAUGGUAACCUGCAUAGGUCUACCACCAGGUGUAUCGGUUGGACAAAAUGCCUGGUUUCAGCUGGUUCGAGACUACACCUCGAGAGGUAUUACCUACUCCAAAGACAAGUUCCCAGCCAUCUCAGGUAUCAUGACUGUUUUACGGCGCAUGACUGAUGACAUGAGUUACGCUGGACUCUGGAAGCGCAAUUUCCUCAAGUGGCUUUUGUGGAUACCUAAGCAUGAUAUUGCACCUUUUAAGCGGCCUGAUAAAUGGAUAGCUCCUUCUUGGUCAUUCAUGUCUGGAGAUGGUCCGGUAGACUACAGCCUGGGAGCUCUCAGUUCUAACAUGAAUGCGUCGUUACGAGAGUUUUGCGCAACUCUCGAAGAGUGCAGUGUCACACCCAAGGGCCUGAAUCCUCUCGGCGAGUUGACGGCUGGCUUCGCCCGAAUCACUGGUACAGUAGUGGCUCUUGAUCAGAUAUCACGGAACUCGGAACAGCACACCUACUUCUCGUGCAGUGUUCAAAUGCGCGAUCGGAAGGCGCAUCCUGCGCGCGUUCUGUUCGAUGUCGACACUUACGAGCGCUGCGAUGUUCUGGUAAUUGCGCCAGCCUUUGGAAUAGCAACCAUCUGCACGAAUGAAGAGCGCAGCGAAUACGUAAGGGUCGGACUGGUAGUAAUUCAAACAGUAGAUCUCAAUGAUGCGAAGGGCGAUUCGAGGCACUGGUAUCCGGAAGCAUCAGAUUAUCCCGAGCCACGCUCGAUUGUGCUUCUUUAG